UAUCCCGGUGAAACAAGGACGUGCGUAUUCUCUCUUGGAGUAUCGGUCCUUCCUGGCACUGGGCAUGCCUCCUAUCUCAUACCCAAUUAAUCGUUAAACAGAAGUGCCUUUUGAUGAACGUUAAGUGAGAUUUUAGAACAUCUGUAACAAUAGUUUGUGAAGUGUACAUUCACGGAACAUUAAUAACACUACUUCUGAAUAAGCUGUACGUUGGGGUCCUAUUUGCCAGGGGAAUCAUCACAUAAGAAUAAGAAGCAAAAUAUUAAAUUAAAGGUUAAUAAUGAGAUAUAGAAUACCAUUACUUUUUACACUGAUAUUGUGCGCUGUCCAUGCGCUGGGUUCAUUAGAAAAUGACCCUUUGAAACCCGUUUGGGACAGGAUUGAGCUGCUCCCUGCAAGAAUACUUAACGACACGCAAGAAAUCCUAAAAUCUUACGUUGCCUUCGUAAACCACGACAUCGACUGGAAAGUAGAAGGUUUCAAAAACAACUUGAAGACAGCAGUAAAGUCCCAGGUCGACAAAGGCACGGCGGUGACAGAGGCCGAGACCAACCUGAAGGAUCUCAUGACGAACUCGCUCACCGAAGCCUUCGAGAAUUUAUACAAGAACACGAUGAAACCCGAGUACGAGGCCGAUGUCGACAGCAGCCGAAACAUAAUCAUGUACGUCGAGGAGACCGAGUCGAAGGUGUCCAGGCACCUGGAUCAGAAUCUGCGGAAGACAGACUUCCUUAUCAACUUCAACGGCACGCUGGAGGACCACGUCUACGAAAUUUCGCACUACCAGCAGACCAUAGCGGAUGUUGUCAGCGCCCUCGACGGUAAGGUGUCUUCGGUGCAGGACACGCUGGCUGGGGGUAAAUCAGCAGCAGACGUCUGCUCGGCGAAGCUGGAGGACCUGCAGCUAUUCAUCAGGGAUGACAGGCCCUCUAAACAGAGACUUGUAGAAUUUGAAAGAGAAUGGGAUAACACGUACCAGGCAGUUGCUGGGGAUCUGCCUCGCGUCUUCUUCCAUAGAGAUUGUUCAGAGAUCUUACAGUCGAAUAAAGAAGCAACCUCUGGCGUGUAUACUGUUUAUCCAUCAAGGGAUCUUGAGGAAGGAGUGAAGGUGUGGUGUGACAUGGAAACCGUCGUAGGAGACGCAAAUUCCGAAUCAGGCUGGACGGUCAUGUUACGCAGGAGGAACACUUCCGUGGAACUCAUGAAUUUCAACAGGUCAUGGACCCAAUACGCGGAGGGUUUCGGUGACCCAGGAGACGAGGGAGAAUGGUGGCUGGGUCUGACCUGGGUUCAUGAGCUGACCUACCACCAGCCGUACCAGCUCCUGUUUCUUCUUCACGACAUUGAGCGAGGCGACUUCAAGGCACAUUAUUCGAAUUUCAGAGUCGAAGCAGAGUCGAGGGACUUCCGCCUGGUCGUCGACGGAUUCACGAGCCCCCUGGAGGACGCCUUCGGCGAUAUCCAUCACGGACAGCCCUUCAGCACCCCCGACAGGGACAACGACAAGUGCGACGCCUGCAACUGCGCCGUCAACAACCAGGGCGGGUGGUGGUUCAAAGUCUGCCACCGGACGGUCCUCACGGCUCCCUUCCCGACGUCCAACGACCGAGAAGCGAAGACGAUUCGUUGGCUCUCCGGAACGUGGCUCGUGUUCGAUGACGUCACCAUGAUGAUCAAGCCAAAUGCCCCGAAAUGAAUGGGAGUAAUUGUGAUGUUUUCAGUACCCAUUCGUGGUCAGAUACCACGAAAUGGAGUAGAAUAGUGCUGACAUUUUAAUGUCCAUUUACACUGCAGUGGUUCUCGAUCUCUUUUUUUUACCCCAGGGUGCCACGGCACACAGCUUGAGAACCACUGAUUUACAGUCAUAAUAUCCAGAAAUAAAUAGGAAUACCAGUGACAUUCUUUAGUACCAAUUCAUUCUCAAAUACUCGAAAAUAAAUAGGAAUAAAUAAAUGGGAAUAACA